UCAUUUUUGACGAGUUGUUUGUUUUUAAGGCCUUUGACUGUGAAAACGAUUUUAGUUUUAUUUCCGUUUUUUCUUUAUUUUAUCAAUUUCCAAAGCCCUACCAGUGUUCUUUGUCAGAAUAUACUUUUCUGUCCAUCUUUUUGGUGUAUUUAUGCAAACGCAGCUUUGCCUUUUGAGUCUCUCAAUAUUCCUAGAAGCUACCUCCCCUGCAAUGCAAUGAUUUCACCCCACAGCAUAUCCCUCUCAAAUCUUAGGUACAUAAUGUCUUAGUCUUCAUAUCCUACGACUUUCGAAACUUCUCGCCAAUGUCAGCUAAACCUCGGGCUUGUUCUUACUGCCAGGAGGAAGUCCAAGGACUGAGAGUGCGAUGCACAGUCUGCCCGGAUUUCAAGCUGUGUCUGCAGUGUUUCUCUGCAGGAGCUGAAAUUGGACAGCACAAGAAUGAUGAGCCGUAUCAAUUUGUCGAUGCUGGAAUGCCAUGUUUGUUCGGAAGAAAUAAAUGGACCCCUCAAGAAGAAAUCCAUUUACUGGAUGCAACCGAAUACUAUGGUUUCGGAAACUGGGAGGACAUAGCUAAUCACAUUGAGACAAGGACACCAGAGGAAGCCAAAGAGGAGUAUGUGCAUAGAUAUCUUGAUGCAACUCUGGGUAAAAUGUGCUGGGCUCCGGCAUUGCGCAGGCGACCACGUUACCGCGAUCCCAUCAAGGAAGAAAAGGGUGCUCUGUCUCAUGCCUCCAUUUCUAAAAUGCCCCUCCUAGAUGUUUCGUCUCAGGAGGCUGCACAACUAGGUUAUAUGGUGCUUCGUGAUGACUUUGAAAAGGAGUUCGACAAUGAAGCAGAGUACUUGAUCUCAAACCUCUCCAUCAACCACGACAAAGAUGACUGCCUUGAUAUAGCUUUAAAAUUGACACAGGUUGACAUGUACACUCAAAGACUCCGAGAACGAGCCAGGCGAAAAAGAAUAGCCAAGGAUUAUAUGCUAGUUUCUCAGUUUUUCAGUUUGAUGAAAGAUAGACCGAAUGUCAAGAAAAAACCAAGAGAGACUCGUGUCCUCGAAGAACGUACCAAAGUGUUAUGCCAGUUUCAAACAGCUGAAGAACACGAUCAAUUAUUAGUUAACCUGCAACGGGAGAAGAACCUCCGAAGAAGAUUAGCCGAACUUCUAAUUUGUCGGCGAAAUGGCAUCACCAAAUUUGAAGACUGUGAAAGCUUCUACAAUUAUCGUCAACAGCAUAUUGGGAGCACUAGUCCUGGCAGCAGCUCAUCAGUACCUCAUCCCUCUCUUUCAUCUCAAAAAAGAAAAGAAAGAAGCGAAAGCUUCUCUUCAACAAACAAAAGCUUCAUGCCCCCCACCGGCAGCCCCACCUCUUGGCGCUUGCCCGCCGCAGACUCAAAUCUUUGUGCCCUGCUUAGCGCUGCUGAGGAGCAGCUGUGUUCAAUGUUGAAAAUACCAUUAUCUCAAUAUAUCUCAACAAAAACUUUGCUAGUUGCUGACAACCUUGGACUGUCAUUCAACCCUUCCUGUCAGCACGACCGUGCUAUAGUUGAUUAUGUAAACCACAGCGGCUGGAUCACCUCUGCUCUUGGAUAGUUUCCUAGGUUGAGCUUCAAAUUUUUCAACGUACUUUACAAACAAUACAGAUACAUUUUCACCAUUUUUUAUUUAUUUAUUUUUUCAUUUUAAUGUUAAUACUGAGCAGAAGCUAUAGGCUGCAGUGCUAGCCCUCGAAAUGAAUUCUAUCAAUGUUUCUGGGCACAAACCAAACGUUAUAGUAGAUAAUUGUCGGUGCUAAGAUAGUGAAGUCUGACCGCACUCAGUCCAACUUAAUAAUCAUUGGGAAUUCUUUUUCAAGCUUUUCAUGCCAUUAACCAUUGAGUUUUUUUAAGAAAAACAGGGUUGCCACAGUCAGAGAAUAAUAGGAAAAAUCAGGGGAAACCUGGAACUGUCAGGUAUAAUGAUAAUAGUGUCAAGAAAAAAUUGUUUAGGCACCCUUAUUUGCCUCUAGAAAGGGUUUAACGUUUUGAACAACAAAUGCUGAAACUAUUUGCGCAGAAACUAUUAUGUCUUUUUAACCGCCUGGCAUAUCUUUAAUUGUCAGGGACUUUUACCUAAAGGUGUCAGAGAAAUCAGAGACAUAUCAGGGAAUUUCUCCAUCCAAACUCUGUGGCAAUCCUUACAAAAAAGUUGACAUGUAAGAAGAUGUUGUAGAAUUUAGGUAACUUAGAAAAUUUUCAGUUGACAACUUCAAUGGGACGUAUUUAUGCUGAGGGGAUUUAUGUUUAAUUGAAUAAAA